CUGCACUGACAUAGCGAGCAGGAAACACGAAAGAAAUGCUUCGGGUUUCUUCAUAUACAAACCGUGCUGGAUGAGCCUGCCGAUUAGAAAGAGAGAGCGCACUACAGUCCUCCUGACUGCAGGAUCCCUGGUCAGGCGUCUCCAUACCUGGCGCAAGGGCUGGAGCAGUGUACGGUCCUGAACUUCUUUUACCGACAAUUCAAGAAAUCCAAUCGAUCGGGUGCGAUCCUGUUCUCCCAGAGAUGCUGAGCUUGGAACCAAGAAGGCUUCUUAUUUAGAUAAGCCUGGAUACAGAAAAUGAAACCAUAGAAGCAGGACUACUUAGUUAUUGUUUCAGAAAGAUUGCAAUGCCAUUUCUGGAAGAAAGUACUCUACUUGGAGACCUCUCAUUAAAUAUACCUGUCACAAUUAUAGGAAAUGGUCCUUCUGGAAUAUGUCUUUCCUAUCUGCUCUCUGGAUAUAGGCCAUACAUGGCACCAGGAGCUGUCCAUCCAAAUCCAAUCCUUCAUGGCAAGCUGGAAGAAGGAAGGCAUCUUUCUGUUGUAGAUCAGGAUCUGGGAUAUUUAUCUGAAGGUCUUGAAGGCAGGUCAUCCAACCCUGUGGCCCUUCUCUUCGAUACCCUUCUUCACCCUGAUGCAGACAUUAGGUUUGACCAUCCAUCAGUCCUACAGUGGAAGCUAGAAAAACACAAGUGCAUUCCUCAUUUGGUGCUGGGGAGAGGUCUGCCUGGUGGUGCAUGGCAUGUAAUGAAAAGAUCCAUGCUGACAAUUAGCUUAGACAACUGGAUGGAGUUACCUGGACUGAAAUUGAAAGAUUGGACCAACAGUAAAUGGAGAAACUUGUUGAAUGACAGAGCAACUCCAGAAGAAAUAGCUUCAUAUUAUAACGACUAUGUCAAGUUUAUGGGUCUUCAGAAAAACUUUGUGAACAACACUUGGGUCACUUCUGUCUCAAAAUUGCAGCAAGAUCAAGAGCAUAUAAAGGACAAACUGCUUAAAUGUGUUAAAAAGGAUGCUACCACACAACAGUUGCCCACAACUGCAAAUGGACCAGCUCACAACCUUUGGGAGGUCAGAGGAUUUCAACGAAUUGGAGAUGAAUCACAUGUGCCUUUUUGCCUUUUAACUGAGAAUGUUGUAUUAGCCACCGGCACCUACGAUUUACCUGCAAGAUUGGGGGUUGAGGGUGAAGACCUGCCUUUUGUAUUUCACUAUAUCUCGGCCUUUGAGUCUGCCAUCAAAAGCUGCAAAGUCAACCAGUUAUCAGAUCCUGUUCUCAUUGUUGGUGCAGGGUUGACUGCAGCAGAUGCAGUAUUGUGUGCCUACCAUCACAAAAUCCCUGUUAUUCAUACUUUCCGAAGAAAUGUCAGUGAUUCAGGUUUAAUCUUCAAACAGCUUCCUAGGAAGCUUUAUCCAGAAUAUCAUAAGGUUUAUCGCAAAAUGUGCAAGCAGUCCUACACCACCACCCCUCACUCUAACUAUACAAGCUUCCCGGAAAGUUGCAUUAUCUCUUUCCAACCAGAUAUGAAAUGUGUUCUUCACACUGCCUCAGGAGAGAACAUGGUCCUAAAUAUCUCAAUGGCGUUGGUGCUGAUAGGUACUUACCCUAAUCUAUCCUUUCUUAAAGAGCAUGGAAAGUACUUGGGAAUAGAUCCAAGUAAGCCCAUUUCAUGUAAACAAAAUCCAAUUGAAAUUGAUCCCUAUACAUUCGAGUGUGCCAAAGAAGCUAGCCUCUUUGGAAUGGGCCCUCUAAUUGGAGACAACUUUGUUCGCUUUCUUAAAGGUGGAGCUUUGGGCAUCACAAGUUGUUUAGUGAAGCGCUUGAAGAAAAAAGGACAGUUAAUUUCUGAAAAAGGAAUUGAAGAAGGGUAAUAAAACUCUGGAUUAAUGAUGAAUUGUGAUGGCUAUAUUGAGAAUCAAAAGUUACAAGGAGCUGACUUUUAGCAAUAGAUUCAAGAUACAGUACGUUAGUGAAGAUCCUGCCCAAUAUGUGAUAAUGGAAUAGGGAGAAGGAAAUAGUUAACUUGUACUCGAUUUGUACUGAGUAGUAAUACUGCAGAAAUUGAAAAUGUACACAUUUCUUAAUGCAACAAAUGGAAAUGAACUCAGAAAGCAACCAAAAAGGGUUGGGCAAGUCCAUUCAAAGAAAUCCAUUAUAUAUCUGGAUAUCAAAAUACAAUUGAUCUGUGAAAAGUGUACACAUAAAAAUGAAUGCAAAAUUAAAAUCUCACGUUAGAACUG